AUGGAAUUUCGUUCCAGACCGACUGACUUCGAUGCCCGAUUGAUCCGCCGCCUGGUAGGGACUAAGCCAUCUGCCUCUUCCUCCACGUCUGCCAUCUCUCCCUCUGCGGCCCACCCUCCUGGGGUCUCCCCUCCUGCAGCCUCGCCUCCUCCGGCUUCGCUUACUACGGCCUCCUCCGCUACGGCCCCUACAACUUCCUUCUCUGGUUCGCCCACCCCAGGAAUCGCCCGCUCGUGGAUCAUCACGGAAAAGCUCGGGGAGAGGGCUGUUCAUCUCGCACAGGACGAUGUCGACAUGGGCGUUGGGACUCCUAUGACAGUUGGCAAAUUUCUGUGCCACCUCGAGGAGGACCCGGGGCAGAUAGCGUUCAUGCGAAUAUAUUAUCAGAUUCCCACCACUGGGACGGAGGACGCUGAUCUGGCUACACUGGCGCAGCAAAUCCAACCUCCUGAGGUGUGUGGGGAACUAGAGGCAUAUAAGCAACUGAUGAGUCAAGGCUCGAAAAAAAAGCAAGAGGAACAUGAUCUCGUUCCUGGUGGCUAUAUCAAAUACCUUGUAUGGGAAAAGGUGCCUGGGUUGCCUCUUACCGAGGAAUUUUUCUGGAGCUUGGAUCCCCUUGUACGAGAGGAUAUCCGUGCCAAGUUUCGUGCUGCCUACGAAGAGAUGCUGCGUUGCGGUGUAAAACCACAGCUGUCUAGAAUCUCGAAGAUCAUCUAUGAUCAGUCCACUGGCACUGUUCGCAUUUCGGGGCUCCGAAGGGGAUGGCCAAUCCUGGAUAAAAUUCAAUGGUCAGACACCCGUUAUGUCGCGUACGGGCUGGCUAAUCGACCCGACGAAACGGACUGGCGUUCUCACCCGGAGAAAUGGGAGUUAUGA